AUGUCUUCCACUGGCAAACAGACUUCUGCGGGGAUGAGUGCAGAUAUCUACCAGCCCAAUGAAUCAUUGCGAACAUCUGUCAAAGUCUCGCUUGCUUUUGCUUUCACUAUAUCUACAGUUGCUGUAGCUUUGCGGAUCUGGGCGCGCAAGUUGACCGGCUGCAAAUUGUUUCUGGAUGACUAUUUGAUCUUGAUAGCUUUGCUUUUUAAAUAUGGCUGCUCCAUCGGCGUCACAAUGCUAUUGUUCAACGGCCUGGGCUACCACAUGGACAUUGUUCCAGAGGAACAAAUCGUGGCCUACUUCAAGAUCGGAUGGGCAAAUCCAUUUGUCUACACUCCGUGUGUAGCAUUUAUCAAGUUGUCUGUUCUGGCGCUCUACAAGCGUCUCUUUGCAGUUAGAUACAUGGUAUUAGCUUGCAAUAUAAUGGCCUCGGUUGUUAUAUUGUGGACUGUCAGUAUUCUGGUCGCGAAUACAUUGAGUUGUAUCCCGAUCAAGAAGUCCUGGGAUAUGUCGAUCGAUGGAUCCUGUAUCGACAUGGCCAGCUUCUACUACGGCAUGCAGAUCCCAAAUAUUGUCUCCGAUCUCAUCAUAUUGGUGAUGCCUAUCAAGGUUGUUGUUGGCCUGCCGAUCGCAAAAACACAAAAACUGCUCUUAUCUUGUGUCUUCCUCGUGGGUGGCUUAACCUUUAUUUUUGACUGUGUCCGUUUGUGGGUUGCUAUCCAGCUAACUAAAUCAGGACCUGAUAUUACUUACAACCAAGCUCCAACUGCCAUGUGGACCUGCACUGAAUCCGCAGUCGGUAUCGUCGGCGCUUGUCUUCCCAAUCUCAGGCCACUGUUCAAGAUUGGCUCUGGUAACUUCUGGUCUCAACUUCGAUCUAGCCGUGGAUCAUCAAAGAAGGGCCUUAUGAAUUCCAACACUACGAACACCACCAGCACAUCAGAGUCUUCAACUAUUGCAAAGCCGCACAUGAUUGAUCAUAUAAGUGAGCAAGGAACUCAAGGGAUUGAAGUUCACCGAUACAGCAGAUAUGCCGAAGGUGAAAAACAUUAA